AUGGGCUUUCUCUCCUCCAAAACCCUGAUCAAGGCGCACGCUGUUUUCCUUCUCAUCCUUGCUGUUUACCUCAUCACCAAAUCCGAAGUCGUCACCGAAAGCGAUGUAGUGUUCAUGCUAGGGGAAUUUCUACAACUUGACUCCCGCGCAUCCCCGAACUUCUCUCGACCGCAAUCCCCUUUCGCAAUGUGCGGUAUUCUCCUUGUCGCCGACGCUCUAAUCGACCUGAUCCUCGUCAUCAAAAUCCCGCACAUUAAUGAGAUUCUAGCCAUGGCCGAGGCUGCCAGAUCAGAGGCUCCGAGUGCAGUGAGUGGACUGGCUCGCAUGCGUACAAACCCCUUUAUUGCGCGUCUCGCAACCCUAUAUUCGGAGAUCUGGACGCUCCUUUCUUUGUCGAGAUUCUGCCUCUUUUUUGCGGUGUCAUUUUUUAUAUACCAGAGCAAGCCGGAUGUUUGGGGCGUGGCCCGUUCGGGUGGCCCUGCGGCGCCUGGGGAGCUUUCGGGGUUGGAAUACCUGAAGAACCGAGUUGUUUUUACGUACGGGUUUAUGGAGAUGAUGUUCUGGUUCUGGAUUUUCAUAACGCUGCGCGAAGAGAGGCAGGAGGUUGCGACACGCUUUGCGGAGCGCGAGCGUGAUUCAUAG